AUGGCUGACUCCCCAGAGCAGCUCAUCGCCGCUCAGGCACGCGAAAUCGAGCAGCUGAAGGCGGCUCGAAAUGUCCCAAACACAGCUGCCGCCGACAUGGCCGGCAUCCUCAACAUGAGCAACACUACUCUCCAGUCUGACAAGAACGACCUCGAGGCCAAGAUCGUGGCCCUCACUCAGCAGAUCACUGGCAUCGCUCAGCGUAACGCCUUCCUCGAGGCUGAGCUCGCGGCAGCCUCGCACCUCCUGAAGCAGACGAUCCCAGCCGGACAGAACAUGAAGCAGGAAACUCUCGUGCUCCAGGUGCAGGACCAGAACAUCAUCGAUCAGGAGAACAAGCACAGCACGGCGCUCCAGCCCAAGAACAAGAAACUCGAGCAAGUCAAGGAUCAGAUCGUGACACUCCAAGCCAGAAUCAACACCCUCGAGCAGGAGAACGCUAUGCUCCGGCAGCGCAACCACCAUCUCGGAGCCCACCAAACCACACUCCUCUUGGAGAACGAGGGACUACACGACUUCUGCAGGCAGUGGGCUACACAUUCCGCUCAGCAAGGUGCGGAACUCGCUUCAUACAAGGAGAACAUCGACAUUCUGCAUGCGUCUUUGGUGAGGAAGACGUGGAGAUUGCAUGUGCAGAAGGGAUACCUGGAUCGUGCUAGAAUUGCUGUGAUGGAGUUUGAGGCGCCGGACGAUACUGCGGUCAGAGCAUGGGCUGCGGAGGCCAUGUUCAAGAUCGGGAUUGGUGCUGGUGCGGCGGGCGUUCAGGCUGCUGCUAUCGAGAUUCACGUCACUCCAGUUCAGGCCGAGGAAGAUCAUGCUGCUGUUGAUAUUCACGUCGCUGCUGGAGAGGGAAAGCAGACAGGUGGGCAUCAAGUUCCGAAAUGA